AUGUUUUUGAACAAGGUCAGGCAACUUCUAAGGUUAAACACUGUAGACGACGAGAAUCAUAGUAGUGACGGUUGGCUGAGGGAUGAGAUUGAAUCCCUCCUUAAGAGGGUCUAUGUUCCCUUUGGUGAGUCGACUAUCCAUGCCAGCUCUAGGAAAAUCGCCAAAGGUGGUGACGGCAGAUGUAGCAGAAGCAGCAUCUUUGUUCAUGGACUGGCUUCAACACCAACUGAGCUACUGGAGGCACUAUGUAGGCGUGUAGACAGAGAUGAGCUGAAGAAUAUUCGUCUGAUGCAUCUUCUUCUAAAUGGACAUGUUCCAGUUACCAAUAAAAAAUAUAUUGGUGAGGUUUUACGCUAA